UUCUUCUUCGCCUUGCACGCCGGGAGCCAACAGUAAUUUCUCUCCAUCAUGGCGGCCCGUGUCCUGCAGCAGUGUGUCCGCGCUAUCGCCCGGCCCUCUCUGAGGCUUUGCUCUGGCAACCUGGCUGCCAGAGCCGCCGUCGCCCCAUCAGCAGCCUUUCACCGACCCCUCUCUUUCGCUGCAGACAGCCGGAGGACGCGGUGGCUGGGACAGAGCCGGAUCUCAUCUGUGGGUGUCCUGUGCAGACAGUAUGGAGACCUGCCCCCCCUCACCCUAGAGUCUAUCAAAGAUCGUGUCAUUUAUGUUCUCAAGCUCUAUGAUAAGAUCAACCCAGAGCAGCUGCAACCAUCGUCCCACUUCAUGAAAGAUCUGGGUCUGGACAGCCUGGACCAGGUUGAGAUAAUCAUGGCCAUGGAAGAUGAGUUUGGUUUUGAGAUCCCAGACGCUGAAGCAGAGAAGCUGAUGACUCCUGAGGAGAUUGUACAGUACAUUGCAGACAAGAACGACGUUUAUGAAUAAUCUGUUCUAUAGCUUACACCACAGAGAGCUUGGCCAGUGUGCCCACCCCACAUCCACAACUCCUUCAGUCAGCACUUUUGCCCAUAUCGACGACGACAUUGGCAUCCGCUGCCAUCAGUUUCUCCUGUUCAACUAUAUUUAAAAUGACCAUGUUCUGAGAGCUUGGAGUUGAAACUAAAUGUUAAACAGGAUUGUUUUUUUUUUGCUUCUUUCAGCUCCACCCUGUGGUUCUGAUGUAUAAUUUCUAAUGAAUAGCUCAAUAAACACAAGACUUGUG